CUCGCGCGUCCUGUCCCCGGGACUGACAGUGGGCGCCCGGUUACUAGCGAGGGUGCACGGGGACAAACGGAGACCGACUGCAGCAAGCUGAGGGCGCAGUAGCGACCUCCCGGACCGACCCGCCCGCGCCAUGCGCUCGCUCACUGGCCUGAGGGCGCUUGUGGCGCCUGGCUGUCCUCUCCUUCUUCUAUGCCUUCUGGCGGCGACGCGACCUGAUCCGGCAGAGAGCGACCCCGCAGAUUCAGCUUUUACAAGUCUGCCUGUUCGAGAAGAAAUGAUGGCAAAAUACUCAAACCUUUCCUUGGAGAGCCAUAAUAUAUCACUGACAAAACAGUCCAGUGCCCCAGUAGAAAAAAACAUCACUUUGGAAAAGCCUUCUGACCUGGAACUCACGUGUCAGUUCACAAAAGCUGAUGAUUUGAAUUCAGGGAAUGUGACCUGGAAAAAAGAUGAUGAACUCCUUAAUGAUACUGGUGUUUUCAAUACAACGAAAGUGGGAAACACCUUGUACAGCCAGUACAGGUUCAUCGUUUUUAAUAGCAAACAACUGGGAAGUUAUUCUUGUUUCUUUGGAGAAAAGGUCAGAGGAACAUUUAGUAUCAAAGUACCCAAAGUUCAUGGGAAAAACAAGCCGUUGAUCACUUACGUGGGAGAUUCUACCGUGCUGAAGUGUGAAUGUCAGGGUUGCCUGCCUUUAAAUUGGACGUGGUACAUAAGUAAUGGAAGUGUUCAGGUUCCUGUUGAUGUUCACAUGGACGAUAAGUACAUUAUAAGUGAAUCCCAUGCUAACCAGACAAAGCUCAGGAUAAAGCAUCUUCUGGAGGAAGACGGAGGAGCCUACUGGUGCCGCGCGGCCUUCCAGUUAGGGGAGAGUGACGAACAGAUGGAGCUGGUCGUGCUGAGCUUCAUGGUGCCCCUCAAGCCAUUUCUGGCGAUAAUCGCUGAGGUCAUUCUCCUAGUGGCCAUCAUUCUGCUUUGUGAAGUGUACACAAAAAAGAAAAAGAAUGACCCGGAUGAUGGGAAAGAAUUUGAACAAAUUGAACAACUGUAAGUAUUAUUCUUUGCACUUGGAUAACACGCUGAUAAACA